AAACAAACGGCUAUCAAAAUUUGCGUGCAAACAUUGAAUGCUGUACGUGACCUCCACGACAUUGGAUUUCUACACAGGGACCUGAAACUCGCCAACUUUGCAAUAGGAAUCGAUCGACCAUCACAUGAAACCAUUUUCAUGCUAGAUUUUGGCAUUGCCAAACGUAUCGCUGGAGAUGAUGGAAUCAUACCGGAACCUCGUGAAAAGGUAUCAUUUAUGGGAACAAGGCGGUAUGCAUCCAGAGCUGCUCAUCAAAUGAAAGAGCAAGGACGUAAGGAUGACGUGGAAUCAUGGUAA